UUUUUUUUUUUUUUUUUUGAGCUGGGCCGGGACGACAACACAGAUUCCUGAGUGGAGCAGCAGAUAUGCGCUUUGUUACAUUUACAAGAAUGCCAGCAGGAAACGACGGGAAACCGCUGCCUUUUACUGCAGAUUCUGACAGCUAACACAGUUUGGAAGAAAAUAAGCAACUUUUGACCUGAACUUUUUUUUUGUUGUUGUUGUUGUCGUUUGAUUUUGAAUCACUCUGGAUAUGUUUCACUGAGACCCCGUCGAGAUUUUCCAGAUUUCCUGCUGCGUGUCAAAAAAAGUUCUGGGAUUGGCCCAAGUUUUCUCUGAACUUGGGCUUCUGCGCUUUAACUUUUCGGGACAGUUGAAAGGAAGAAGAAGAAAAAAAAGUUUGGCCGAAAGUUGUUUAUUAUUAUUUUUUUUAUUAUUAUCAUAAUUAUUAUUAUUUAUUUAUUUACUGGAGCAAAAUGGAUCCGAACCAACACAACCCUCCAGCCGGACACCAGAUCAUCCACGUACGGGGCGACUCGCAGACGGAUCUGGAGCUACUUUUUAACAGCGUGAUGAAUCCGAAAAACUCCAACGUCCCCGCUUCCCUGCCCAUGAGGAUGAGGAAACUGCCGGACUCAUUCUUCAAGCCCCCAGAGCCCAAGUCGCACUCCAGACAAGCCAGCACUGAUGCUGGGAGCGGCGGCGUGCUCACCCCCCACCACGUCCGAGCACACUCCUCCCCAGCCUCCCUGCAGCUGGGAGCUGUUUCUGGUGGCUCCCUCUCUGGAAUGGCCUCUGCGGGUGCCUCUCCUCAACAUCUCCGUCAAUCUUCUUAUGAGAUUCCAGAUGACAUGCCCCUGCCAGCAGGGUGGGAGAUGGCCAAGACUCACUCUGGCCAGAGGUACUUUCUUAACCACAUUGACAAAACCACUACCUGGCAGGAUCCUCGCAAGUCCCUGCUCCAGAUGAAUCAGCCUGCUCCCCCAAGUUCUGUGCCUGUCCCACAACAGAACCUUAUGAACCCAGCCAGCGGAGCCCUUCCUGAAGGCUGGGAACAAGCCAUAACACCAGAGGGAGAAAUUUACUACAUCAACCACAAGAACAAGACCACAUCCUGGCUGGACCCACGCUAUGCGCAGAACCAACCGCGGAUCACACAGAGUGCGCCAGUCAAACAGUCUGGCCAGCUGCCUCCCAGCACCCAUGGUGGAGUCAUGGGAGGGAACAACCAGCUCAGACUGCCGCAGAUCGAGAAGGAGAGACUCCGACUGCAACAGCACAGGCCACAGGAGCUUGCUGUGAGGAACCAGCUGCCCACCAGUAUGGAUCAAGACGGCAGCACAAACCCCGUGUCUUCCCCUUUGGCCCAAGAUGCUCGGACCAUGACCGUCAACAGCUCCGACCCGUUCCUCAACAGUGGGACCUACCACUCCAGGGAUGAGAGCACAGACAGCGGACUGAGUAUGAGCAGCUACAGCGUCCCUCGCACUCCGGAUGACUUCCUGAACAGUGUGGACGAGAUGGAUACAGGUGACCCUCUCCCGCCCUCCAUUGCAACGCAGCCCAAUCGUUUCCCCGACUACCUGGACGCCAUCCCGGGAACAGACGUGGAUCUGGGCACCCUGGAGAGCGAGAGCAUGGUGGUGGAGGGCGAGGAGCUGAUGGCCAGUCUGCAGGAGCCGCUGAGCUCCGACAUCCUCAGCGACAUGGAGUCGGUGCUGGCAGCUACCAAGAUCGACAAGGAGAACUUCCUGACUUGGUUAUAGAGGACCCGCUGCGCUCUGAACUUUUGCCGGCUCUGAUCUGUGAAGGAUUCAUGGAUGCUUUUACCAGACAUUUCAGCGAGCCUCUCUGAACUUCUGUGCCUCUCAGCGUGUAAGGCCUAACCUCUUUUCAGGCAGUAUUCUGAUCUUUUCACUUGUGUUUUUUUUUUAUCUUUUUAAAUUUGUCUGUGUCUUCAAGGCUGGCCUAUGAACAGACAAUUAUGCAAGGGCCCCAAAAUUUGUUCACAGGUCUGUCAGCUUAUUUACCCAGAUCACAGCUGAACCGACCAAGUGCGCCUGCUCCUCUGCGAGGGAUGCGUCCCGCCUGGAGUCUCUGGAGCGUCUCUGUUUUUGCAGCGCGCCGCAAAGUAUCUGUGUUUGUGUCUUUUUAAACUUAGUUAAAUAGCUUUAUGUUCGCCUCAGACAUCUUUGUUUCCUUCCAACAGUUCUGAAAAACCAAAAAUGAUGUAUUUGAAGCAAAACGAACAAUACUGAUUUGGAGUGAAGGUAGCGUGAGGCGCGAUUUGGAGACGGUGGCUUUGCUUUUUGUUGGGGUGGGCGGUAGGGGGCGGGAUUUGAAGCGGGGGACUGACUACAUCGCUGCUUGGCUGUGCCAGCAAGUCUAAGUUAAACCUUUGAUAGAUCAAGUGCCUUCGGAUGUAUUUUUUAAGACGCGAGCAACUCGAACAAAUUUACCCAGCAUGUAUAAUGCAACAGUAGGCGUCAGGCUAUAUUCAGACAUAUAGGCCGCAUGUUUCUUAGUUGUUUAAUAAUCAAACUGUAUUAUAUUUUAUAAGCACGAGGUGAUUUUUGGGGAUCUUUUCUAACCCAGAGCUUCUUUUUAUCUGUCUUAUCCAAGCCUAACCCAAAAGUCGUGUUUUAUUCGUAGCUUGUUACACAUGUAUGAAAGCUUAGAUCAAAUUGCGUAUUUUUUAUUUUUCUUUUGCUUGUAUUUGUGUUCCUUUCUAUAUCUUAACAGGGUCAACUGUUAUCGCAGCACGCCGCUUCAAGAUUCCUGGCUAUAUACUUAUUAGUGUGGUAGUAUUUUUUAAUGAUCACAAGCAGCUUUUUACCAUUUCUGCUAAAUAUUAACCAAAAUUUAAAAGGCAGAUCAGUAGGCUCAACAGACACUAUAACUCAGAUCAGUUCAAGCAGGUGACAGGAUACAUUAAUUUACAAUGUUUGAUAUUUUAAUACCCCCUCUCUGAUACUGUUUUUUUUUUCUUUUCGUUUUUUUUUUUUUUAAGCAAAAGGUUUUAUAGAGUGGGCUUGGAAAAGUUAAAGCAGGUUUUAGAGUCAAGUUUAAGCAUAAUGUAGAAGGAAAUGGGUUUGGCUUAUUGCUGUAGGUUACGCGGCGUGUGUGUUUUGUUAUAUUUUUAACGGGAUAAUUUCAAAACAAUCAGAUAAAUCAGUCAGGAUUCCAAAGAUUAUUAUUUUUUGUAUAUUUUUUCUUAUAACGACACUACCCUUAUUUUCACUUCCAUCGUCGGGAGUUGAGAAACGUUGCGAUUUCUCUAAAUCGGUCUCUCUAUGAACAAAACCGUAUAAGCUAACGAGAUGAUUUCUGUAUGUUUGAAGUGUUAACGGACACAUCUGAGUAGUUCUAGCUGACAGGUUCUGUUGGAUGGCUGUUUCCGAGCGCCUAACCCUGGUGUUUCAGAACCGGGGAGCAAUGCGAUUCUCGAACAGCGCGGGCACGUUUACAUAAUUUCCAAAACCGCUCCAGCUGCCGCGCAGACGACACACUGACAGCUCCUCUCAUGAUCAUGCCGAUGUUUACAUGAUGGCUACAUCUGCGCAUUAACUGCAGUGACCUUUGGAUAAUCUUGAUUGAGGCCUUUGCUGGAUGGCACACUGAUUCUGUUGCCAACCAACAGUGAAUUGUUCGCAUUAACUUGAUGGAACACAUGCAUAAAACACAUGUAUCUUAGAUUAGAGGACAUGAACUUUUUUUUAUUCCUUGUAUUUUUUUGUGUGUGUGUGAGAACUUCAUUUUAGUACUGAUUUUUACUGAUCAUGAAAUCAUGUGUUGAUGGAUUUUAAAACAGUGUUGGUGAGAACAACGCAACUAAAACAAGUGGUGCACCACGGUGCUUCCAUAACACAGCUAGUUUUCAUUUUAAUGCCACGAUGGGUUUGUCACACAUCUGAUUUUUAUCCUUGCCUAGAAUUUAAAUUGUAAGAACAUUAUUAGCUGUUGACUCAUUGUAGUGGUAGAACUAAUCACACAUUAAAGUUUUAUUUUUGUUUUUUUGUGUUUAGAGUUUUCUAAAUGCACAUGAAAUGAAUUCACAUUCAGUAAUGACUGUUCAUUUUUGAUAGAUAUGUGCAUGUGUUUUAGAACAAUAAAUUCUGUUACAUUAUACAUUUCUUCAUAUGAUACUUUGAAAAUUGGCCUUAAAUAAAAUAUAUACUUUGUGUUAAAUUUUA